AUGGAUCGUCAUAAUUAUACUUGCGUCGUUGGUAUAAUCAGUUCGAAGUAUGAGAAAAGUGAACAUAUUCCUGACCAAGAAUUAUCUAAGAGGGUUGAAGUGCAGAUAGCGAAUUUUGAUAACUGGUAUAGAAUCUG